GUUAGAAAACUUUUUUUGUUGACAAAGUCAAUUAAACGUUUCUAAAAUAUUUUAAAGUGUAGGGUUGGUAUCCAAACAGAUUUUGAGGGCACUCUAUAAAUGUCAAGUAAAACCUUGCAGGAAUUUGGGCAUUAUUGUACUGGCACGAAAAGUGCAUUUUAUCGUUUUAGUAUGCCAGUUUUGUCUCUUUGGUACAGCUCUUGCCUUUUAGUCUACUUCUUAAUCUAAUGAUGUAGACUAAAUGCGAGUUCAACUAUGCAAUAAUUACAUUUUGCGGGGGAUAUAUUAGGAACAACCCAAACAUGCCAUGAGACUUGUUUACAGCCACAAAUUCAGUGUUUGGACAUAGGGUGGGAUGUAAACAGAGGUGAAAUAAUAUAAGACAUACAAACCGUUAGUAGUUCAAACAUUUACUCAAAACUCUCCGGGGAUGCUUAAUUAAAUUAUCGAGAGGUCCCGCCUCUGGAGUUCUAUGAUUGGGCGCUGAGAGAAGGAGGCGUGUCACGGCUAUCCUUUAUAUAUGGACACACGCUCCACUAUUUGACAGCCAAAACAAACUAGACGCUAUAGUGAAUUACACUUGCAUUCAGAUUAUUCUACUGCAAAUUUGAAUACAUUUGAUCAGUUUAAUUAAGUGUUAUAAUUAAGUAACCAGACAACAUUGCUCACAUGCAAGCGCAUCCUUUGUUUAGAAGACCGGGAGCUGGUGCGUGCAACUGACCGAGGAUGGACUCGCCUACGCAGGGGUCCCACUGGCCUCCACUCGCGCUCUGUUUCCUGCUAUUGUGGAGCUCCGUGUGCGCUCGUGAGCCGGUCUGUCAGGAGAUCUCUGUGCCAUUGUGUAGAGGGAUCGGUUACAACUACACCUAUAUGCCCAACCAAUUCAACCACGACACCCAGGAUGAAGCUGGGCUCGAGGUGCACCAGUUCUGGCCCCUCGUGGAGAUCCAGUGUUCCCCGGACCUGCGCUUCUUUCUUUGCAGUCUCUACACGCCCAUAUGCCUCGAGGACUAUAAGAAGCCUUUGCCGCCGUGCAGGAGCGUGUGCGAACGGGCAAAAGCGGGAUGCGCGCCUCUGAUGAGGCAAUACGGUUUCCCGUGGCCGGACCGAAUGAGAUGCGAUCUUCUCCCUGUGCAGGGAGAUCCAAGCACUCUGUGUAUGGACUACAACAGGACUGAUGCUACAGCCUCACCAGCAGCUCCAAAACCAACCAGCCGACCGGGGAAACCAUACAACCGGAAAAAUAAAAGCAGUCUUGGAUCUACUUCAUGUGAACCGGAGUGUCACUGUCGUGCGCCUUUGGUGACCGUGAGCAGUGACCGUCAUCCGUUGUAUAACCGGGUAAAGACAGGGCAGAUCCCCAAUUGCGCAAUGCCAUGCCACAACCCGUAUCUUUCUCCGGAGGAAAGGACAUUUGCCACAUUCUGGAUCGGAGUUUGGUCGGUUUUGUGUUUCUUGUCCACCUUUUUCACAGUUGCCACUUUCCUAAUUGACAUCGAGAGGUUUAAAUACCCCGAGCGUCCGAUCAUUUUCCUGUCCGCCUGCUAUAUGUUCGUGUCCGUGGGGUACAUAAUCAGACUCAUCGCGGGCCACGAAAGAGUCGCGUGCAAUCGGGAUAACGAGAUGGACUAUAUCCAUUAUGAAACCACGGGUCCCGCGCUUUGCACGCUUGUAUUUGUUCUCAUCUAUUUUUUCGGGAUGGCGAGCGCUAUCUGGUGGGUGAUCCUGACGUUUACGUGGUUCCUCGCGGCAGGGAUGAAGUGGGGAAAUGAAGCGAUCGCACGAUACUCGCAGUAUUUUCACCUGGCCGCGUGGCUCAUCCCGAGCGUCAAAUCUAUCACCGCGCUCGCGCUGAGCUCGGUGGACGGGGACUCGGUUGCGGGAAUCUGCUACGUAGGCAACCAAAACUUGGAAAACCUGCGGGGAUUCGUGGUCGCACCACUGGUGAUUUAUCUUUUUAUCGGAACAGUAUUUUUAUUCGCGGGCUUCGUGUCUUUGUUUCGGAUACGGAGCGUUAUUAAACAAGGAGGAACGAAAACGGACAAACUCGAGAGGUUGAUGAUUCGGAUCGGGGUAUUUACGGUCCUGCAUACGUUCGUUGCAAUGGUGAUUGUGGCUUGUUACGUUUACGAACAGCACAAUCGCGAAGCGUGGGAAAUCGCGCAUGCGUGUAACUGCCCGUCGGAUAAAAAAGCUCAGAAACCGGAUUACGCCGUGUUCAUGCUCAAGUAUUUCAUGUGCCUUUCGGUGGGGAUCACGUCGGGUGCGUGGACGUGGUCCGGUAAAACUUUGGACUCGUGGCGAGCCUUUUGCACGCGCCGCUGCUGCACCUGGGGCAGUAAAGGCACGAGCGGUUCGGUGUACAGUGACGCAAGCACGAGACUGACGUGGAGGUCCGGUACAGCAAGUUCGGUUUUGUGCGCUCCAAAACAAAUGCCACUGUCCCGAGUGUGAUAAAAGCGGAACUUCAUAAAAGACUUUGCAAACGGAUCAACUGCUGCUUUCCUGAAAUGAAAGAUGCCUUUUACCAGUAUUUGGUGAAUCAUAGCUCAUGCCUGUGUAUGAGGUUAUGAAUGUGCCUUAAAGUGCCAUACGGGUUUUUAUAUUUUCUUAUGUAUUUAUAUUUAAAAUGUUAUUGUUAAAACAACGACAUAGAAUGUUUAAAAUGUAUACAAGAUUGUGUGUAUUUAUCAUUUACUCUGACGGAAAACUAUUUUGACAAUAAAACACUAUGUGAGAUAUAACGUUUAUUAAUGUUUAUUUAAGCUCUAUUGCUCUCAAACAUUCAUACCUGUGUGAAAGUGCAUGAAUGUCUGUCGAUUGCAACUAGAAGGACAAUAUUUGGCCUUGCUCAAAAAGAGAUUAAAAUGAUUCAUUUUUCUCAGUACAGGUAUGGGGCCUAUAUACAAAUAAAAUAUUAACUAAAAAAAUAAUAAUCACACUUGUAAGAUGGAGAAUUAAAGGUGCUUCAAUACAACAUGCAAAGUUUGUGAUAUAAUUUGUCUGUUGGAUUAUAAAUGGAAAAUUUAGUUUUAAUAAAAAAAAUAUAGCCUAAUCCUAAAAUCAUUAUGCACAGAGGCAGGUUUGAAAUAUAAUACAGACUUGAUAUGGCACAAUAAUUGUAAAAUUAUGUAAUUAUGUAAAAAAA